AUGUAAAAUUUUUUGAAUUAUAUUAAUAACAGUUAAAGAGGAUAAUCUGUGAUGAUGAAAAAUUUCUUAUGUGANCCGAAAUUUAAAACGAUUCAAUGUAAUUUUUCUUCUUUAUUUUAAGGUUUAACCAUCUGAAGAGAAAUAAUUACUAAAGGCAAUCGCUGAGAACCCUGAUCAAAAACUAAGUUUGACAGUUACUCAAUUUAUGUCUGAUUUCUUGGCCAAAAAAGAAGCUUCCAAAAGAGUGGAUACACCUUUGCUAAACAAUAGAAAAGCGGAAGGUGCAAGCUUAAAAAAAACUCAAGUUGAAUUACUUCCUAUUGACAAUCCAUUAAGUACUUCAAGUAAGAUAAAAUAAAUAUAUUUUAGAUCUAUCAUAAAUUGAAAAGUCCAAAAUAAGUCAGGAAUCUUAGCCUCAAAUCCCUUUGACUCCGAACUUAUACCAAUUGUAAAAUAGUAACCUCUCCAUUCCUCAAAUAUAACAACAAUAAAUGUAUUACGGAAACUAAUAUUAUAUGAACAGUUUCCCUAAUUCCUAUAUGAAUUAUACUCCAAUUAAUUAGGCUUAUCCAAACUAUUAUUAGUAUCCCUUGAGUUCGGGAUUUUAAUAAUAUCCAGGAUAUUUCUGA